CAGACCAAAGUGCAAUGAGAACACACUGACCUCCCCAGGCGCUUCAGGAGAAUGGCUGCCGUUGCCCCAUAAGGUUAGCCCUAAAGCACAGAAGGGUGACGCAAUAUAAAACGUAGCGUGGGGAGGUGAAGGGCAACACUUGAGCUUUGAUGGAAGGUUGUCCACUGUCUUGGCCAACUGUUGCCCCAAUGGCGGAGAAGGAGGACAAAAUCUCACUGUCUGAGAAGCAGAUUAAGGACCUCAAAGGUGCCUUUGAGAAAGGGAGUUUUUCUGAGCUAUCCACCAAGCUACAAGAGACUCUUCACUCUCUGGAGAACAUCUGCCUAGAUGUGGGUGUUACCGGUGAACCUGGAGCUGGCAAGUCUACCUUCAUCAACACCUUCCGGGACCUGCAUGAGGAGGAUGAGGGUGCUGCUCCUACUGGGAGAGUGGACACCAAUAAGAAUCCCACGGCAUACUCACACCCACAGUAUGCCAAUGUGAUUCUAUGGGACCUGCCAAGUAUUGGUACUCCUGGCUUCAGUAUGAGAACUUAUUUAGAGCAGAUCAAUCUCUCUCACUAUGACUUCUUUGUAAUCAUCGCUUCUCAGAGCUUCACCUCCGACCAUGCUCAACUGGCUCAUCACAUCAAGGAAGCUGGCAAGGUCUUUUACUUUGUCCGCUCCAAGGUGGACGCAGAACUGGAAGCCACUCGCCAGAGCCACCCAUCUGGCUUCAGUGAAGCAGUUGCCCUGCAGAAGAUCCGGCAGGGCUGCAUCCAAGCUCUUCAGGCUGAGAGGGUGAAGUCCCCCAAGGUCUUCCUAAUCUCCAACAUCAUGUUUGGCAAGUAUGACUUCCCUCUCCUCGAGGAGACCCUUGGAAAGAACCUAGACUUACAGAAGAGCCACUCCUUUCUUCUUGCUGCUCCCAACAUCUCCCACCGCUUUCUGGAGAAGAAGAAGACGACCAUGGUUGAGCACAUGUGGCUAGUCUCAGCCAUAGCCUGUGGCAUUCAGGCUGCACCCGUCCCAGAGCUUUCAGUUGCAUGUGACAUGGACCUUCUGGCCAAGACCCUGCAGGGUUACUGCAUCAGUUUUGGAUUGGAAGAUUCCUCUUUAAGGAAAGUAGCUGAGCAUGCAGAACAACCUUUUGAGCAGCUUAAGGCUCUGGUCAAGUCACCGCUGGCUGCUGCAAUCACCAAGGAACAGGUGGCAGAGCUGCUGAUGGAAGCAGCUGGCAAAGCGCCAAAGCUACCGAAAGAGCUGGUGCCAAUGGCUGCCAUGGGACUGUCAUUUGCUGUUGUGUACAAUAUGCUGAAGACUUUUGUGGACAACGUGGCAGCUGAUGCCCACAGAGUGCUGGUCAAAGUAUUUAUGAGCCACGGGCCUAGAAAUGAGUCAGAGGCUGAGAUAUCCUGUGUCGUAGACAAUGAAGCAGAGAGGGCUGAGGGCUUGUUUGGGGACACAGCACAAUAGGGGAGCAGAAGGUGCAAUUUCUCAAGCAUUCCCCGUCUCUGACUUCUUCUUGCAGAACGUUCCUCUCCCAAGAUGAUGCUCUUGCUUAAGCAGGAGCAACUUCUUCCCCUCCCCCACAUAAACCUGGUUGGGUGCUAAUGAACUACAUAAAUCAUCCAUUAGCACCCAGCCUAGGUGAAUAGGGCUCCCAGGUCUCAUAGGGAUCAAACUAGGCACCUUCUGCAGACAAAGCAUGCACUCUGCCACCCAGCCACUGCCUUGGGGUAUGAGAGCAUCAUGAGCUGUGGUCUCAGGAAACAGAGCUUCAGAGGUGUUGCUGCCUCUUUGGAGUCUCCAGGGAAAGGAGUGAAUCUCCAGAAGAGGGAGAAAAGCAAGGAGAACGUACAACCCUUCCUGCAAUCAGGAGUGGAUUUUUGUGUGGAAGACCUUGGGUGCUUUGAUUCUGGUACUGAUUUCAAGUUCUUUGGUUGAGUACAAGUCUCAGAGGCACCUUCUUCAUCAAUGCUUACCAUACGUCUGCCUGACCGAGACACUAUUUUGCACCUUGUUCUGGCUGAUGGGCCUCAGAGUUGGGGAAGGGUUGGAGCUCAGUGGCAGAGCAGCUGCCUUGCAGACAGAAGGUCCCAGGUUCAAUCCUUGGUGUCUCUAGGUAGGACUCAGAAAGACUCCUGCCGGAAAUCCCAGAGAGCUGCUGCCAAGCAGAGUAGACAAUGCUGACCUAGAUGGCCCAGUGGCCUCUGACUCUGUCUAAGGCAGCUCCUUCUGUUCCUAGUAAAAUAAGAAAAUAGAUCCCUCAAGCUUGUGGUCUGCCCACUCCUGCCCUACAUGACAUAUUCCUGCCCUCAUGUUAUUUGAACCCCUGGACAGGGAUUGAAAGACCUGUCAGUUCAGGUUCUCUCAGUUUCUAAUUUUUCCAAUCUUAAAUUCAG